GCGGCUGGAGGGCGCCUGGCCGCGCGGGUCUUCGGGCGCGCCCAGGAAUAAAAUGGAAGGAGAACCAAGCCUCCUGGAAGGCCACACUCCCGAUUUUGCCAAGAAAAAGAAAAAGCAUUCGGUACACAAGGAAGGGCAUCACAGACACCCCCACAAAAGUUUCAGAGACCCCCUCCUGGCAGAGGAGCAGUCUCACGUACCCAAGAGUCACAAAAAAAGGAAGGAUUUCCAGGAUCUCGAUGAGGCUGAGCAGGCCGCGUCUCUGCCCUCAAAAAAGAAAAAGAGAAGAACUAGUGUUGUGGGUGUAGACGAGGCAGCAGGCGUGACCUGUGUCCUGGUGGAUAAAGAAAACACAGAGAACGUGUGGCAGCGCUUGAGAAGGGAUGUGGAUGUGAUUUACAUUGAUGCGAGCAAGGAGUUCAAGGCAGCAGAGGAGCCGAAGGUGGUCAAACUUUCACUUACUGAGUCCCAGAAGAACGAGGCAGAAGAACAGCGUGAUAAAGUGAGAGCAAGAAAGAGUAAAAAGCAUCGGAGGAAUGUCGACUCCUACGAAGCUGGCGCACAUGGGAGCCUUGGCCUGCCCCGGUGCGAAUCACCCCAGCAGGGACCCCUGCUGUCUGGGCGUCCAGGAAGUGAAAUGGCAUCAUUGCCAGGGUCUGCUAAGAAAAGCAAGUCUAAGAAAAAAAAGAGAAAAAUUCCAAAGAAUCAGGAGUGUGACAUGGGGGUCGGGCCUGAGAGCCUAGAGCGAUUGUGCACAGAAGGAUCGCCAGCAGCCUCUGAGGCUGGGGCCGAUGGAGGCAAGAGAGAACCUAGAAGCCGAAAGAAAAAGCGUAAGAAGAGGAAGCAGAGGUCUAUUGCGGGCACCCUGGCAGCAGGUGGUGAAGAGAGCCGGGAUGGCGCGUCCUGGGACCCACGGCACAGUGCUGGUGCCCAGCCUGGAGGGAGCGCGAAGCCCAGGCCACAGGAGCAGAGCCCAGCCAGCUGGCAAGAGGCGCAGAGCUUAGAACCUGUGGAGGAAGAAGAAAACACUUUGGAAUCAGCUAAAGGUUCUGAAACAAAAUACUCCUCUGAAGAGUCAAGAGCCUCCGAUGGCAUAGACGUGGAUUUGGACUCCGCCACGAAGCAGCUCCAAGAGUUCAUCCCCGACAUCAAGGAGCGGGCCGCCACUACCAUUAAGCGCAUGUAUCGGGAUGACUUGGGACGCUUUAAAGAAUUUAAAGCACAGGGUGUUGCUAUUAAAUUUGGCAAGUUUUCUGCAAAGGAAAAUAAGCAGUUAGAACAAAACGUGCAAGAGUUCCUGUCCCUAACAGGAAUUGAGAAUGCGGACAAGCUGCUGUACACAGACAGAUACCCGGAGGAGAAGUCCAUCAUCACCGAUUUAAAGAGGAAAUACGCCUUCCGGGUGCACAUUGGUAAGGGCAUUGCCCGGCCCUGGAAACUCGUUUACUAUCGAGCAAAGAAGAUGUUCGAUGUCAAUAAUUACAAAGGCAGGUAUAGUAAAGGAGAAACCGAGAAGUUGAAGAUCUACCACUCCCUCCACGGAAAUGACUGGAAGAAGAUUGGUGAGAUGGUGGCUCGAAGUAGCCUCUCGGUGGCCCUGAAGUUCUCCCAGAUCAGCAGUGAAAGAAAUCAUGGUCCUUGGAGUAAGGCGGAAACCCAGAAACUAAUCAAGGCCGUUGAAGAAGUGAUUCUGAAGAAAAUGUCUCCCCAGGAGUUAAAAGAGGUGGAUUCUAAACUUCAGGAAAAUACCGAAGGUUGCCUGUCCAUUGUUCGGGAGAAACUCUACAAGGGCAUCUCCUGGGUAGAAGUAGAAGCCAAAGUAGAAACGAGGAACUGGAUGCAGUGUAAAAGUAAGUGGACUGAAAUUCUAACGAAGAGGAUGACGAAAGGCCACGACGUGUACCGUGGCGUUAAUGCCCUGCAGGCCAAGAUUAACCUGAUCGAAAGGUUAUAUGAAAUAAAUGUGGAAGACGCUAAUGAAGUGGACUGGGAAGAUCUUGCCAGUACCAUCGGGGACGUUCCUCCAUCUUACGUCCAAAGUAAGUUUUAUAAGCUGAAAGCUACGUGUGUUCCCUUCUGGCAGAAGAAGACUUUCCCAGAGAUCAUAGACUACCUUUAUGAGACCAGUCUCCCUUUGCUGAAGGAGAAGUUAGAGAAGACGAUGGAGAGAAAGGGCACUGAAGUCCGGGCCCCCGCAGUGCCCAGGCAGGUCUUCCUGUUCAGAGACAUCUUCCACCGCGACGACAGCAGCGAGGGGGAGGACGCCAGCCAGGACGGUUAGGGCGCCGGCCGCCUCCGCCGUCCUGGGCUCUCCGGCGCCUGGCUGUGUGCCCGAGAGCUGUCGGUGCCCAUGGCCGUUCACGGUGGCCAGCAGGAGGGCAUGAGAACGAUAGCCUGUGGUGCGGGACAUUAAAAAUUAAUAUAUUCAUAGCAAGUGUGACUGAAAGAGGAGCCCUUGUGCUGAUUUAAAUUUCAGUGCCAUUAGACUGAAAAUCGUCAGCUGGUAGUGGUUUUGUAAAACGAGUAUCCCAGUCCCCGAUGACUGUAGCAGGGGGUGGGGACACCCCGGGGACGUGUCAGCACGUGGCUCAGCUGUGAGUGGACUGAAGACCGGGAGCGUGAUGGCUUCAGGAAUGCACGCACUUUUGCUUUUUCCCUGUGUGUGCAUGUGUGCGUGUGUGUGCUCAGGGUGUGUACGUCUUAACGGUGCUGGGUGGGAACUGUGGGCCUGGGUCCUCUCUUGCUACAAGGGACCACCGGUGUGUCUUGCCUACCACCGUGUGUGUCUGGUCACGUUGAGGGCUACGUGGCUUCACCCAGGACGCCCUGUCAGAGCCAGUCACUGGCUUCACCUGCUGUUUCGCUGGGAAAUCCAACCCAAGCCAGCAGUCUCUCCUCUUGUUUGGCUGUUUUUGUCUUGGGAAAGGUGCCGUGUGGGCUCUGGGCACAGCUCACACCUAGUGGAAUUUCCAGAAUAAUUUUCACAUUGGGCCAGUUCAUCGGUCAGAUAAAACCACCCUGAGAUUUCACACAGGGAUUCAGUAUAGGGGCUGUGGGCCGCAAAACUGAUCAACAGGAUGGAAGAGGAAGGGUGGAUUGCCCAGUGAUGGGGAGGCAAGGGGCAGCCGCUGCACCCCCAGCCCCUCACGGCCUGCAAACCCUUGGACAGGCCUGUGCUCCCGACCCUUCUCUGCCACACACCCUCAGCAGGAACCUAUUUCUCCUUGGGACACAGCAGCUUCUGCCCCUCCUGCCUUGUAGUUCUCACCAGUCCCUCCCCAGGGGGGGCCCUUGCCAGACCCUGCUGUUGGUGAGGGAAAUAAAGUAUCCGGGCUUCCAGCCGCAGCUGUGGAGGGGAGCACGCAGAGGCUGUGCUCUGAGACGUUCCUGUGGUGUCAUGCAUGUGAUGUGCUUAGUGCCAAGCCGGGCAUCUCCCCGUACCUGCCCCCACUGGAGAGAACUCUGAGAAGCACGCUUAGGCACGGGGGUGCCCCCAGCCCCUGCAGCCAGCGGCACUGUGCAGAUACACACGCAGACACUCGAUGGGUGUUUCCCUGAACCUGUGGUUACCUCCUCCUAGACGUCAGGUGUGCCGGCCUCCCUGCUAACGGGCAUGUAAAUUGUAUGUUCCUCUAGGAAGACAAUCUGGUAAAGCACAUCAAAGCUUCAUACUGUACAUAUUCUGUGAUCCAGUAAUUUUAUUGGAAACCUACAGAAGUGAUUGAGCUAGUGUGUAAGAAUGACCAGGCGGGGGCCCCAUUUUUAUAAUAUGAAAAAUAGGAAAAAAUGUAAAUAGGAAAUUUAUAAAUUUCUUAAUGGUGAACUUGUUAAAUUGUAUAUUUCUUGGGUGGGCUAUGAAUGCAUUGACUAGAAAUUGCAGCGAUGGAUUUGGGAAACAGUAUUAUCAAUGAAACAGUUGUUUCAGAAGAGAUAUAUUUUCUUGAUUUGUAUAAGUAAAAAAAAUAAAGGAAAUUGAUUGUGUCUAGACAUGCAUUAAAAUGUAUGGGA